AUGGAGGCGAAGGGAAAUGACCAAAACACCAUCGACAACAAAGCCAAUCCCGCGUCAUGUCCUCCACCACAACCGUCCCUGCAACCACUGUCGAAGAAUGCGCAGAAGAAACUACUAAAGCAACAGAGAUUCGAAGCAAAAAAAGCAGAGAAGAAGGCCCUUUUCAAAGAACAGAAGAAGAGAGAAGCCGAGAGGAAGAGGAAAGAAUGGGAGGAAAAGCUUUCGAGUUUGUCGGAAGACGAGAGGUCAAGGCUGAGGGAGGAGAGAAAGGGGUUGAGAAAGCAGAGAAUGGAGAAGAGAUCAGAGGAGAGAGAAAAUAAGAUAGAGAAGCUUGCCAGGGCGAAACAAGAUGGACAGAACAUUGUGAUCGAUCUUGAAUUCUCUCAUCUCAUGAGCUCUACCGAGCUCAGUAGCCUCGUUCAACAGAUUAUGUAUUGUUACGCGGUAAAUGGAAGAUGUGCUUCCCCUGCCCAUCUCUGGUUGACUGGGUGCCAGGGAGAAAUGGAAAGCCAACUACUAAGGCUCCCAGGAUUUGAUAAGUGGAUAAUCGAGAAGGAAAAUCAACCAUAUAUUGAGGCAUUUCAAGAUCAGAAAGAACAUCUUGUAUACCUCACAGCAGAUUCAGAAACUAUGCUGGACGAACUUGAUCCAAAGAAAAUGUACAUUGUGGGUGGGUUAGUGGAUCGGAACCGGUGGAAAGGGAUAACAAUGAAGAAAGCGCAAGAACAGGGGAUUCAAACAGCAAAACUCCCAAUAGGAAACUACCUGAAGAUGUGUAGCUCCCAGGUCCUUACUGUGAAUCAAGUGAUAGAGAUACUCCUCAAGUUUUUGGAAACGAGAGAUUGGGAGGCUUCAUUUCAGGUAAUUCCUCAAAGGAAAAGAUAUGAUGUGGAUUCAAAAGAAAAUCAAGGAGAAAUGGAAGGGGAAGAAAACGAAGGGAUAGAUGAUCCAGAAAUCAAAAGGCAGUGUGGUUUUGUGAGGCGAAGAAGAAGCAAGGGUUCUCUGCGGCCAUACCUCCGUCCUCAUUCUCUUCUUCCUCGGUUCUCCCCUGAUCUUUUUUGCUCUCUGUCUCUCUCGAUUUUUCUAGGUGGAAAUCCACAGAAUCACAAGAUGCAAUCCGAUGAAGGCGCCACCUCCAUGGAACUUGAAAAGGUUCCAUCUGAAUCAAAGCGUGUAUCUUUUCCUUCCAAGCCAAACUUCGCACCAUUGAAGGCUCACGAGAUAUCCGAUGGUCAAGUUCAGUUCAGGAAGGUCUCCGUUCCACCCCAUCGGUAUACGCCUCUCAAGAAAGUAUGGAUGGAAAUAUAUACUCCUAUAUACGAGCAUAUGAAAAUCGACAUUCGUAUGAAUCUCAAGGCUCGCAAGGUUGAAUUGAAGACCAGAUCAGAUACACCCGAUAUCAGUAACCUACAAAAGUGUGCUGAUUUUGUGCACGCUUUCAUGCUUGGAUUCGACGUGAUCGAUGCCGUCGCACUUCUCCGUAUGGAUGAACUCUAUGUGGAGUCUUUUGAGAUCAAAGAUGUUAAAACCCUUCGAGGCGAGCACUUGUCUCGUGCCAUUGGGAGACUGUCUGGUAAAGGGGGUAAAACUAAGUUUGCCAUUGAGAACUCUACCAAGACGCGGAUUGUCAUUGCAGACACCAAAAUUCAUAUACUGGGAUCUUUCGCCAACAUCAAAAUUGCUAGGGAUUCUCUCUGUAGCCUUAUCUUGGGGUCCCCUGCUGGCAAGGUUUACUCCAAACUUAGGGCAGUUACUGCUAGACUGGCAGAAAGGUUUUGAUAUUUUCGUGUUUUAAUGUCAAUUUCAAUGAGUCCUGAUAUCUACAUUUUUGUGAUGUCUCCUAGGGAUUAAUUAUGUUGAGCAUCAUUAUUUGAGUGUACCUUGAGCUGAAUUUUCAGCUGAAAGAAUACAGUUUUCGAGGGGUAAUAUUGCAAUGAUUUUUUUUUGUUUUCAAUUGUUUGUUCGUUCUGUUUUCCCAUUGUUUGUUCGUUCUGUUUUCCCAAGUUUCCAGUGAAUGAUCUACUUUGAAUC